CACCUGCGAGCGGCGCCCGUUUGGGCACGGCGGCUGUCAUGGCGGCCUGAGGAGCGGUGCGGCCAAGCGGAGAAACAGCCGGGGGGACAACGGUACCUUGCCCGGGAACAUGUGCAGCCGUCGAGUCCCUUAAACAGGUUGUGUGGUAGCAGUGGCAUGCUCCGUCCUUAAACACAAAGGUUGUGUGGUAACCAGUUGUGUGCUCUGUCCAUUUCUUUCUCAUUUCUGAACACACACGAGUCUGAAGUAACACCACUUAUUUCCGUUCACUGCCUCUGGGAUACUCUGAUAGAGACUCUGUAUCUGCAAUAUCCAGUGGAGACCUCCUCCUUUUCUUUGUAAGCCCCUGACUGGUUUAAAAAUUGAGAAUGGCAGGGGAGCCAAAACCAGCCUGUAAUCUCCUGGAACAGUUCAUUUUAUUAGCCAGAGGCACCAGUGGUUCAGCUCUGAUUGCCCUCAUCAACCAAGUGCUGGAGGCUCCUGGGAUUUACGUAUUUGGAGAACUACUGGAAUUAACUAAUGUGCGAGAGAUUGCCGAAGGCCCGAAUGCUGCUCAUUUUCAGCUGCUGAAUCUAUUUGCCUACGGAACCUAUCCGGAUUACGUCGCGAACCAGAAAAACCUGCCAGCUUUGACGGGGCCCCAGAAGAACAAGUUGAAGCACUUGACCAUUGUCAGCUUAGCUUCCAGAAUGAAGUGCAUCCCUUAUUCAGUGCUGCUGAAAGACCUGGACAUGCGGAACCUCCGGGAGCUGGAAGACCUGAUCAUCGAAGCCGUUUACACCGACAUCAUCCAAGGCAAACUGGACCAACGGAACCAAGUGCUGGAAGUGGAUUUCUGCAUCGGCCGGGACAUCCAAAGGAAAGACAUCAGCAACGUCAUUAAAACCCUCAACGAGUGGUGCGAUGGGUGCGAAGCUGUCCUGUUGGGCAUCGAGCAGCAGGUACUUAGGGCCAACCAGUACAAGGAGAACCACAACCGAACUCAACAACAGGUAGAGACGGAGGUAAGCGUCUUAUAAGGGCCGUAGUGGCGCAGUGUAAUUAGUUUAUGGCGUUGCAGGCUGACUGCCCACGGCCAGCGGUUCGAUCCUGACUGGCUCAAGGUUGACUCAGACUUCCAGCCUUCUGAGGUCAGUAAAAUGAGGACCCAGAUUGUUGGAGGGCAAGAGACUGACUCUAAAGCCCCUAGAGAGGGCUGGAAAGC